CAUAUGGUUGUGGCCUCCGAGUUACCUGGGACGAAGUCAACUGGCUGAGUAGAUGAAAUGAGCAAACGCAGGUGUUAAGCGCGACUAGGCGAACAAAACGUCCUUUGUCCUUUGCCCCAUCCUCCGGGGAAGUUCAAGCUUAAACGUGUUCUUUCCGCCAUACGUAGUCGGCUGGGAUGGCUGUUGAUUCCACGAUGAGGUCUGAAGUGGAGGAGUUGCAGAGGAAAGCCAAUCAGGUGACAGAUGAGUCUCUAGAGAUCACCAGAAACAUGAAGCUUCUGUUAGAGGAGAGUAAAGAUGCAGGAAUCAGGACGUUGGUUAUGCUGGAUGAGCAGGGAGAGCAGCUGGAGCGGGUUGAGGAAGGGCUGGACCAGAUCAACCAGGACAUGAAGGAAGCUGAGAAAAACCUUACAGAUCUGGGCAAAUGCUGCGGUCUGUGCUCCUGUGAUAAGCUGAAGGACUUUCAAGCAAGUGGGGCCUAUAAGAAAGUGUGGGGUAACAAUCAGGAUGGGGUGGUGUCUAGCCAGCCCACAUCCCGUGUGGUGGAUGAGAGGGAGAAGAUGACCAUGAGUGGUGGAUACAUUAGAAGAGUAACGAACGAUGCAAGAGAGGAUGAAAUGGAGGACACCAUGGCCCAGGUAGGCAGUAUACUCGGCAACCUCAGAAGCAUGGCAAUUGACAUGGGCAAUGAAAUCGACACUCAGAAUGUCCAGAUAGAACGCAUACAGAGCAAGGCGGUGGUUAAUGAAUCCCGGAUCAAUGAGGCCAAUCAGAGGGCCACAAAGCUAAUAUCAAGAUAAACACACAAUGCUAGAGAUAACAGAAUUUGAUAUACUUGUUUAUAGUCUUGUGUAGGGUAUUCAUCCAUAACUAUUUAUGAAACUUGAAUUUUUGUCUUUUAAUAUGACAGCAUAAUGUGAAGAAUGUACUGUCACUAGCCUGCCUGUCAUGUUAUGUAUUUUUCCUUUUUUACAUGUUUUUGAAGAUAAACAAAUUUUUUGGAAUAGCUUUUUAAGCCUGCAGAACAUGUCAUCGUGGAUAAAUGCCCACUUUCACUCUAACAAAACAGUGUCUUAAUAGUAUAGCCUACCUGGUACUCUGUCCACUUCAAAUAACCUUAUAAAGUAGUAAAUAAAUGUUUUACAGGUUA